UAGAUCAAGAAAACGUAGUAAGUUUUGUCAAAUUUGGACGAAAUGUCAUCGAAAAAAUCGAAGAAAUCGAAGGGUUCGAAAAAGGGCAAAAAUAAGGAAACGAAAAACGUUGUGGAAUUUUACAAUGGGACGAAUACGUUUAAAUUGCCGAACGGAGACGAGUACAUCGGGGAUUAUUGGGCGCAUCGCAGCGGAUCGAUCUGGCGAGAAGGCGAAGGUAUCUACCACACUAAAGACAACCAAACUUAUGAAGGAAGAUGGAAAGACGACAAGCUGAUGGACGGAACGCCGGUGAUGAUCACCUAUUACGACGGAACAACCUUCAAAGGUUCACUCCUGAAGAACAAGUACAAAGGUCCGGGUACGUACAUCCUGAGGAACGGAAUGGAAAUCCACGGACAGUUCGAAAACAACAAAUUCAAAGAUGACUUGAUCCUCGUGGAUUUUGAUGGUAGAUUAUGGCAUGGCGUUGCGAAAGAAAAAAAAGCGUAUUUGGAACCGGAAAACAUUUUCUAUCAGAACGUGACCAGAUGGAGGGGAAAAUCGAAGAAUAUUUUGAAGCUGAUGGAACCGGAAUGGAAGGAACCAGAUGAAGCUACGCUAUCAUUGAUUACGAAAAUGAGCGAUGAGGAUUUGGAGAAGUUGAUCUUCGCGAAAAGCACCAAAACUCGGAGAAACAUCGAUUAUUGUAAGAGCGAUUGGUAUCAGAGUUUCUUAAGGUAUAAGAAGUUGAGGGAAUACAUAUUGAAUAAAUUUAGAAGUCAUCAAAAGCUAACGAAGAGCGAGAUGAAUUGGUAUAGGACUUACGCUAAAUACAAGAAGGUUACCAAAGAGAAGAAGUUGCCUAAGAUCGAGGAGAAGGUUGAUACUACCUUGUUGGAUAUUUACUAUGGGCCGGAUUACAUUAAAAGCUCCGUUCCUUACAAAGUCAUUUACCCAACUAAUUAUUCUGACCACGGUGUAGGUGAGGAAGAAUCUGUGCAGGAAGAGCAAUUGGAGUAUGUGUUUAACGAGGAUUAUUACGAGGAAUGUGAGGAAUGGUUGGAGGAAAGUAGGAGAAGCGAAGUUGAGGAAGAAUUGACUCCUAUUAGCAUCAGAUCAGCUGAAAGCGUUGGCUUGGAUACGAUUUCUAUUUACAAUUUCCUUAACACCAUCAAAUCGGACGACAAGGACAUCUGCCCUGUCAUGGACGUGUGCACUAGGAUUAAAUGUCAAAAUCAAUAA